CGGCGUGCACCCACCAUCAGAGGCAGAGCGUGCGGGCUUCUUCUCCUAGCAUGAGUUGAGCCUCUUAAUAAUUUUCUCCGAAAAGGCGUGCUUUAAUUUCCUCUGAGAUUGAGCUCAGCAGUACAUCUCCAGGUUUUUCUUCUGCCAGCAGCCAUGGGUUCAGGACUCUUCAAGCCUCGUGUUCAUCCGGACCUCCGUGAUGUUUUCUCUAAGAUGUCUUUCUUUGACAAGAUUGGCUUUCUAUUCAUUCAUGCAUUUGACAAGAGAAACCUGUGGCACAAGGUGCCUGUUCCGAUCGGUUUGCUCUACCUGAACACCCGCCGGACCCUGCUCGAAAAAUACAACCUGCUAGCUGUUGGGAGGAGUUCUCACGGUGCUCUGUUUGAUCCCAAGGAGUUCCUGUACCGCACCGAGGAUGGCAAGUACAACGACCCCCAUAAUGCUGAGGCUGGUAGCCAAAACACCUUUUUUGGGAGAAACAUGGAGCCGGUUGAUCAACAGGAUGAGUUGAUGAGCCCAGAUCCAUUUGUUGUGGCGACAAAGCUGUUAGCCAGGAGAGAAUACAAGGACACAGGGAAACAGUUCAAUAUACUAGCAGCUGCAUGGAUACAGUUCAUGGUUCAUGACUGGAUGGAUCAUAUGGAGGAUACCGGACAGAUUGGAAUCACAGCUCCAAAAGAAGUGGCCAAUGAGUGCCCACUCAAAUCGUUCAAGUUCCACCCCACAAAAGAACUGCCUACGAAUUCUGAUGGAAUAAAGAUUGGUCACUACAAUAUCCGCACAGCUUGGUGGGAUGGGAGUGCAGUAUAUGGUAAUAAUGAGGAAAGGGCAGAAAAGCUCAGGACUUAUGUUGAUGGAAAACUAGUGAUCGGAGAUGACGGUCUUCUUUUGCAUAAGGAGAACGGUGUGGCAUUAUCCGGCGACAUUCGCAACAGUUGGGCUGGUGUUUCGAUCUUACAAGCUCUUUUUGUUAAGGAACACAAUGCAGUUUGUGAUGCAAUAAAGGAAGAACAUCCCAACCUAUCAGACGAAGAAUUAUAUCGGUAUGCCAAAUUGGUCACUUCUGCUGUUAUUGCAAAGGUUCACACUAUUGAUUGGACUGUCGAGCUUCUCAAGACAAAAACCAUGAGAGCUGCAAUGCGCGCAAAUUGGUAUGGAUUAUUGGGUAAGAAAAUAAAAGACACAUUUGGUCACAUAGGAGGACCGAUAUUAGGUGGGCUUGUGGGACUGAAGAAGCCGAACAACCAUGGCGUACCUUAUUCUUUGACUGAAGAGUUUACCAGUGUUUACAGAAUGCACUCCCUAAUACCAAGCACUCUCAAGCUCAGGGAUCCGACAGGGCAACCCGAUGCAAAUAAUUCCCCACCAUGCCUGGAAGACAUCGAUAUUGGAGAGAUGAUUGGUCUCAAGGGGGAAGAACAGCUAUCAAAAAUAGGGUUUGAAAAACAAGCAUUAUCAAUGGGAUAUCAAGCUUGUGGUGCACUUGAACUAUGGAACUAUCCAAGUUUCUUCAGGAACCUCAUUCCACAAAAUUUGGAUGGUACCAAUCGAUCUGACAGAAUCGACCUUGCUGCCCUAGAAGUAUACCGAGACAGGGAGAGAAGUGUACCAAGGUACAAUGAGUUCAGGAGGAGACUAUUUCUGAUUCCAAUAAAAAGCUGGGAGGAUCUGACAAGUGACAAGGAUGCAAUUGAAACCAUAAGAGCAAUAUACGGAGAUGAUGUAGAGAAAUUGGAUCUUCUUGUUGGUCUUAUGGCAGAGAAAAAAAUCAAGGGAUUUGCCAUAAGCGAAACAGCAUUCAACAUUUUCAUUUUAAUGGCAUCAAGGAGGCUCGAAGCAGAUCGAUUUUUUACAAGCAAUUUCAAUGAGGAAACAUACACCAAGAAGGGGAUGCAAUGGGUCAAAACAACAGAAGGCCUACGAGAUGUGAUCAACCGGCACUACCCUGAAAUCACUGCCAAGUGGAUGAAGUCCUCUAGUGCUUUCUCUGUGUGGGAUGCAGACUACUAGUGCAAAAAUUAAAGGCCCCCUGCCAUAUUAUUUGGCAAGUUCUAUGAAAUAUUAUUUGUUUACAGAAUUAUGGUGUUUGUUCAGUGUAAAUAUAGUUAAAUAUGUCAGUGUAAUAUAUGUAAUAGGAUUCAUCGCACGACACAAGUUGUAUGCUCAUUUGUUUACAAUUUAUUGCACAUUAUUAUUUGUUCAUUGUAAUUAAAUAUGGCUGGGAAAAUAAGUAGGAGGAGACCAUAUAACAUCUUCCUACAAUCUUCUGUUUGAUUACAUCUUUCUUUUCUUUCUUUUGGUUUUGGUUACAGUGUAUACUUGUACAUCUACUUAUACCAAUUAAAGAAAUCUUGGGCUUGAUCGUCA